UAACCCAUCGUUCUGCACGCAACUUUUAUUUUGUUCUCAUACACGGACAGAGUUUACACAGUGUUCUUCCGGAGAGAAAUGGCAUCUUUGGAUAGGGUGAAAGUGUUGGUCUUGGGAGAUUCUGGAGUAGGGAAGUCCUCUCUUGUACAUUUACUUUGCCAGAAUCAAGUUUUGGGAAAUCCUUCAUGGACUGUAGGCUGCUCAGUGGACGUCAGGGUUCAUGACUACAAAGAAGGCACUCCAGAAGAGAAGACGUACUACACUGAACUCUGGGACGUUGGGGGAUCUGUUGGCAGUGCCAGCAGUGUUAAAAGCACCAGAGCUGUGUUUUACAAUUCUGUAAAUGGUAUUAUUUUAGUUCAUGAUCUGACCAACAAGAAAUCCUCCCAGAAUCUGUACCGCUGGUCACUGGAGGCGCUGAGCAAGGACUCCUCUCCAACUGGCAUUAUUGUAUCAAAUGGAGAUUAUGAUAGAGAACAGUUUGCAGAGAACUCAGUUCCUCUCCUGCUAAUUGGCACCAAAUUUGAUCAGAUCCCGGAAAACAAGAGGAAUGAUGUCCUGACCCGCACUGCCUUUCUAUCUGAAGACUUCAAUGCGGAAGAGAUCAACCUGGAUUGUACAAAUCCACGGUAUCUUGCGGCUGGAUCUUCAAAUGCUGUUAAACUGAGCCGAUUUUUUGACAAGGUAAUAGAGAAGAGAUACUUCACCAGAGACUCUAGCCAGAUACAGAGUUUCACAGACAGGAGGCGCUUUAAUUUCAAGAGUCUGCACAGUGAUUGAGUGUACACAUGUACUUUAGGCUGGUGGGUUUAGUCCUGUUUGUAAUCUAAACAAGCAUAUGAAUAUUCUUCUGUCAUCUGUUCCUCUACAAAGACCAAUUAAUUUGAGGGAUUUUAUUUAUUUUUUUUUGCAGUUAUUUAACAUCAACAUCUAGUUUUCCAUGACAGAAAGAUUUAUGUGGAUUGAUUCAUAUGAGAUUUUCUAUGUUUUCCGUAUUUUAUUUUAUGUUAAAAAUACGGACCCAAGGUUCAAUAGCAACUUGAAAUCCAUAAUUAUCCUGCUCAACAAAAUAAUCCUAAAUUGGAAAUAGACAUUUUCUUCCCUUCUCAUGAUUACUAAUGAGGUGACAUGGACCCCAUUUUUUUGGUAAAAGAUAAUCUAAACAGAUUCCCUGUUUAUAGUAUCAUUUAAGGUGUGAUGGCAGCUGGGAUUUUUGUUGUUGUUGUUGUUGUUGUUGUUGAAAAAUGACCAUUUCUACUUAAUCUGUAGGAUUAUCUGGAAGAAGAAAAAAGUAAUCAAAGAAUUUCAGUUUUUAUUGUUGAUCUUUGUGAUUUAAAAAUAAGACUUUGCUAUAUUAGCAAGCUGUUAAUUCUGUGCAUGUACAUAACACUUUACUUGAGACAACAUUAAAUAAAGAUGCAUUUAAAUGAA